CUAGAUGGGCCCCCCCAAGCUGAGGUUGGAGGGACCCAGGAGUCCUGUUCCCAUGACACUGAUUGGGCCCAGGGGAACGUCAGCCCCAGCCCCCUACCCUGGCCCUUCAGAGCGUCCGUCCCCGGGGGGGCAGGGCUGGGGCCUCCCCUCAUGGCCUGUCCCCCCCGCAGGCACCCAGAACAGCUUCGAGACGCUGGACGUGCGCUUCGAGAACAUCUCCAACCCCUGGAGCGCGGGCGAGCGGGUCGUGCAGCCCCGUCUGCAUCGGCGGCGGUGCCGGAGCGAGCGCCAGGCCGCCUUCCCCUUCGGCACGGCCCUGCCCCGGUACCUGCUCUUCUCCAGCCCGACCCAGCGCAACCGCUGGGGGCACCCGCGCAGCUACCGCAUCCAGUACAGCUCUCAGGCCGGCCGCGUCCUGCCCCGCGGCUGGAGGGAGGAGCGGGGCGUCGCCUGGGGACGGUACCACCUGGCGGUGACGCGGCAUCACGAGAAGGAGGCGACCAGCAGCAGCCCGUACGCCCAGCACGACCCCUGGCAGCCGGCCGUCGACUUCGAGAGCUUCAUCCGAAACGACGAGAACAUCGAGAACCAG